AUGGAGGAAGCUGCAGAGCACAUAGCUCUGGUUAUCACCGGUGUAGCGACUGUUCUCAUCAACCUUGCUGAUGGAGAUCUAGAUGGAGGUGUGGUCGUUGGCCCUGAUGAUGUGGUUAGUGGUGCUGCACUUGCAGUGGACGCAGCUAUAAGAAAGGAAGACUUAAAACCAGAAACAGUGCAGAUGGUGAAGGAAAGUGAGGUAGUAUUUACUUAUAGAUUAAUCUCCCUUCUCAUUCUCCAUCUUGGUGGUUUGGUAGAGUUAAGCUUGAUGGGGAGGAAGAUGGAGAAUGAGAAGGGAGAGAUGGUUAACUAUAUAUUAGGAUAG